AGAAAAUUGACCUACAAUUUAUAUAGUAGAAUAGUAUAUGGAAAGAAGAGAUUUUUCCUGUUUUCUUACUCGAUUCAAAAACUAGCAACCCGUCCACUCUGUUUCUCUCUCCAAAUAGAUAUACACACGGAGUCUGCGCCUUUUCUCUCUCUCGCAAUAGAUUGGAUCUCCCCAAGUAUAUAGAUACAAAUAUCGGUUUCUGAAGGAUACUCAUAGAUCGGCGAGGCUAAAUGAGGAAUGAAGAGAUUGAGAGCUCCGACGACAACGAAUUACCAUCGUCGGCGCCACGAGUGGGUCGUAAAUACGGCCCCGUCGUUGCGCAUGAUAAUGAUCCCGUCGUGCUCGAGAUGUCCUCCUUCGAUCACGGAUCUUCGUCGAAUCCCUUAAACAAAGUAAAAACAAGCUUUCAGCCAAAUUCGGGUGCAGUUGCAAAAGAAGAGUCAAUAUCAGAUGAUCGAGGAGUCAAUGGUGAACACAAAGAGUCUAAAUUGGAAUUAUUUGGUUUUGAUUCUCUUGUUAACAUUCUUGGUCUCAAAAGUAUGACAGGGGAGCCGAUGCCUGUACCUUCAAGUCCUAGAGGUCGUGAUGAUGGCUCUAAUCCUGCACAGCAUCCUCUGAUACAGAGUAGCAGUGUUGUGAAAUCAGGAACAAUGAUGGGAGUCUUUAUCCCAUGCUUGCAGAACAUAUUGGGAAUUAUCUACUACAUCAGGUUUUCCUGGAUUGUUGGCAUGGCAGGCAUAGGUGGGUCCCUAGCAGUAGUCGCCUUAUGUGGCUUAUGUACUUUCUUGACUGCAGUAUCAUUGAGUGCAAUCGCAACAAAUGGUGCAAUGAAGGGUGGGGGACCAUACUAUCUCAUUGGUCGUGCUUUGGGUCCUGAAGUCGGAGUCAGCAUAGGACUAUGUUUCUUUUUAGGGAAUGCGGUUGCUGGAUCUAUGUAUGUCUUGGGAGCAGUGGAGACCUUUUUGAAUGCUGUGCCAAAGGCUGGACUUUUUAGAGAGACUAUUACACAAGUAAAUGGGACAGCAGUAGCGGAACCUAUAACAACUCCAAGUUUACAUGAUCUACAAGUCUAUGGGAUUAUUGUUACUAUUGUUUUAGUAUUUAUAGUUUUUGGAGGUGUUAAAAUGAUUAACAAGGUUGCACCAGCCUUUCUUAUACCUGUUCUGUUUUCCCUCCUCUGUAUAUUCAUUGGGAUAUUUGCAGCAAGGGAGGAUCAUCCAGCAGUUGGAGUCACGGGCUUAAGUUUGAAAUCUUUCAGAGACAAUUGGAGUUCUAGUUAUCAAACAACAAACAAUGCUGGAAUACCUGAUCCUGCUGGAGAAAUACACUGGCACUUCAAUGCAUUGGUAGGUCUGUUCUUUCCUGCAGUAACGGGAAUCAUGGCUGGUUCAAACCGGUCAGCCUCAUUAAAAGACACGCAACGUUCGAUUCCAAUCGGAACAUUAGCAGCGACACUAACAACCACAGCUCUCUACUUCAUUUCUGUGUUCCUUUUGGGAUCUGUAGCCACAAGAGAAAAACUCUUCACAGACAGAUUACUAACAGCCACAAUCGCAUGGCCUUCUUCAUCAAUCAUAUACAUCGGAAUCAUCCUUUCCACUCUGGGUGCUGCUUUACAGAGCCUCACUGGUGCCCCACGCCUCCUUGCAGCCAUAGCCAAUGAUGACAUUCUACCUGUUCUUAAUUACUUCAAGGUCGCAGAAGGCAGCGAGCCUCAUAUUGCCACCUUCUUCACCGCUUUUCUCUGCAUCGCGUGUGUUGUCAUUGGGAAUCUUGAUCUUAUCUCCCCGACCAUUACUAUGUUUUAUCUCCUGUGUUAUGCGGGUGUUAACUUGUCCUGUUUUCUUCUCGAUCUCUUGGAUGCGCCUAGCUGGCGUCCUCGCUGGAAGUUUCAUCAUUGGAGUCUCUCUCUUCUUGGAGCGUCUCUUUGUAUUGUUAUCAUGUUUUUGAUUUCUUGGUCCUUCACUGUCGUGUCCCUUGCGCUUGCUAGCCUCAUAUACUAUUAUGUCAGCAUCAAGGGAAAAGCUGGCGACUGGGGAGAUGGUUUCAAGAGUGCUUAUUUUCAACUAGCUCUUCGCAGUCUUCGAUCUUUGGGAGCAAGCAACGUUCAUCCAAAGAACUGGUACCCAAUCCCACUGAUCUUCUGCAGACCAUGGGGAAAACUACCAGAAAACGUGCCAUGUCAUCCAAAACUGGCGGAUUUCGCCAACUGCAUGAAAAAAAAGGGGAGAGGAAUGUCCAUAUUCGUGGACAUCCUAGACGGGGACUACCACGAGUGUGCAGAAGACGCAAAAACCGCUUGCAAAAACCUGGCGACAUACAUCGAAUACAAACGCUGCGAAGGCGUUGCAGAAAUCGUGGUGGCCCCCAGCAUGUCCGACGGCUUCCGAGGCAUCGUCCAAACCAUGGGCCUCGGAAAUCUCAAACCCAACAUCGUCGUCUUACGUUACCCGGAGAUAUGGCGCCGCGAGAAUUUGACCGAAAUACCCUCCACUUUUGUUGGCAUCAUUAACGACUGCAUUGUCGCCAACAAAGCGGUUGUGAUCGUGAAAGGGCUUGACGAAUGGCCCAACGAGUAUCAGAGACAGUAUGGGACCAUCGACUUGUAUUGGAUUGUUAGAGACGGUGGUCUUAUGCUUCUUUUAUCUCAGCUCCUUCUCACCAAGGAAAUGUUUGAAAGCUGUAAAAUUCAAGUCUUUUGUAUCGCCGAAGAGGAUUCCGAUGCUGAAGAGCUGAAAGCCGAUGUCAGAAAGUUUCUUUACGAUCUUCGUAUGCAAGCCGAGGUCAUUGUUGUUUCCAUGAAGACGUGGGACCACGGCGAUGAUCACGCGCAGGAUGACUCCGUGGAGGCCUUUGUGGCUGCACAAGCCCGGAUUAAAGACUACUUAGCGCAGAUUAAGGAAGAAGAGAAACAACAGUUUAUGGUGGUCAAUGAACAACAAGUGGAGAAGUUCUUGUACACCACUUUGAAGUUGAACUCAACGAUUAUGAAGUAUUCAAGGAUGGCGGCUGUGGUGCUUGUCAGCCUUCCCCCGCCACCUGUCAACCACCCCUCCUAUUUUUAUAUGGAGUAUAUGGAUCUGUUGGUGGAGAAUAUUCCAAGGCUUUUGAUUGUUCGAGGGUAUCGUAAAGAUGUUGUCACUUUGUUCACGUAGUUCAUCUCAUCUCAUCCCAUCCCAUCCUAUUAUUAUUAUUAUAAACUUUUUUUUUUAUAUAGAGUCCAAGAUGUCUCGUUUUUUGCAUCGUAAUGAUUUGUAGAUUAAACGUUCGAUUCAUUCUUUGCAUCGGUAUACAGUUUUGUUGUUCUAUUGAAACCGAGCUUCUUUAUUUUGUAAGUAUUCUUUUUAGAGCC